GCUGAGGAGCUUCUUCUCUCUCUCCUCAGCCUGAGCCACACAGGAGCAGCUCAGCGGCUACACCGCCUCGAAAUCCGUCUGGAACACCGACACACAGCAACAUGGGCAUUAAAUUUCUGGAGGUGAUAAAACCGUUUUGUGCAGUAUUACCUGAGAUCCAGAAACCUGAGAGACGGAUUCAGUUCAGAGAGAAGGUGCUAUGGACAGCCAUCACCCUGUUCAUCUUCCUGGUGUGCUGCCAGAUUCCCUUAUUCGGUAUCAUGUCAUCAGACUCUGCAGAUCCUUUUUACUGGAUGAGAGUCAUUCUUGCUUCCAACAGAGGUACUUUGAUGGAGUUGGGUAUCUCUCCUAUCGUCACCUCGGGGCUCAUCAUGCAGCUGCUGGCUGGAGCUAAAAUCAUCGAGGUUGGAGACACGCCAAAAGACAGAGCACUGUUUAACGGCGCCCAGAAACUGUUUGGAAUGAUCAUCACCAUCGGCCAGGCUAUUGUGUAUGUGAUGACUGGCAUGUAUGGAGACCCGUCAGAGAUGGGUGCUGGCAUCUGUCUGCUCAUCAUCAUUCAGUUGUUUGUGGCUGGAUUGAUUGUGCUGCUGCUGGAUGAGUUGCUGCAGAAGGGUUAUGGUUUGGGCUCGGGUAUCUCUCUCUUCAUCGCCACCAACAUCUGUGAAACAAUCGUUUGGAAAGCCUUCAGUCCAACUACAGUCAACACGGGCAGAGGCACUGAGUUUGAGGGUGCUAUUAUUGCUCUAUUCCACUUGCUGGCCACUCGUACUGACAAAGUGCGAGCUCUGAGAGAAGCCUUCUACAGGCAGAACCUGCCCAACCUCAUGAACCUCAUCGCUACCAUCUUCGUCUUUGCCGUAGUUAUAUAUUUCCAGGGCUUCAGAGUCGAUCUACCCAUCAAGUCUGCACGUUACCGUGGCCAGUACAACACGUAUCCCAUCAAGCUUUUCUACACCUCUAACAUUCCCAUCAUCCUGCAGUCUGCGCUGGUGUCCAACCUUUACGUCAUCUCUCAGAUGCUCUCCACUCGUUUCAGUGGCAACUUCCUGGUGAACUUGCUGGGCACCUGGUCUGACGUCUCGACUGGAGGGCCAGCUCGUGCUUACCCUGUAGGCGGUCUGUGUUACUACCUCUCCCCUCCCGAGUCAUUCGGCUCAGUCCUAGAGGAUCCAGUCCAUGCCGUCAUCUACAUCAUCUUCAUGCUGGGCUCCUGUGCUUUCUUUUCAAAGACAUGGAUUGAGGUGUCUGGAUCGUCUGCCAAAGAUGUUGCAAAACAGCUUAAAGAACAGCAGAUGGUGAUGAGGGGACACAGAGACACAUCCAUGGUGCAUGAACUCAACAGGUACAUCCCCACAGCUGCAGCGUUCGGGGGACUGUGCAUAGGUGGCCUCUCUGUCAUGGCUGAUUUCCUGGGUGCCAUUGGCUCAGGAACAGGAAUUUUGCUGGCGGUCACAAUCAUCUAUCAGUACUUUGAGAUCUUUGUAAAGGAACAAAGUGAAGUCGGCAGUAUGGGUGCUCUGCUCUUCUAAACAAAACAAAACAAAAACAAAGCCCUCCACAGGCACCUUGGACCGAUACAUUUCUGUUUGUUUGUCAGUUCUUUUAUAUAAUUAUUAUUUUAUCAUAUGGACACAAUCAGUGCUCUGCCACUCCAAGGCAUUUGUGCUUCUUUUUCCAAAAGCCCUCUUCAUAGGAAUGUCCUUGUCCCUGUCUUUCUCGUGGGACAUCCAUUUCUCUCAAUCUAGUCAACCAGUACACCACCUGCUGCAUUUUAAUCGAGUCACUAAUGGUUAAAAGCACGGAUGGUUACUGUUGUGGAAUUGGCCGAAGCCAAUGAAACUGACUUGGACAUGCACAGCGUAUGUUGGUUUCCCCAAUCGAAGAUUUACACCAGUGCCAGUGUAUGUGUGGUCAGGUAACUGCAGUGUCAUGUCAUAGAGACUGUUAAUUGAUCUGAUGUAAAUAAAACCUUUUUUGACAAAAUGUUCAAACUAGGAGAGGUGCUUGUCUGUGUACCAAGAAUAGAAGAACAUGGACCGAAUUAUUUAGAUAAAGACUGUAUGGGUUUGCAAGGAAGAGGUAGCCAUGUCUUGCUCAUUUUAUCAGUUAAGACCAAGCUCUGGCUUGGAGAAUACACUUAAUUGUUGGGUUAUGUAGUAUGGAUGCAUUUCAUUUGGUGGCUUUGAUAGCCCCCAGCCCUGCAAGCUUGGUUGCUUGUACUUCCGUUCUUGUCAUAGUGUGACUCAAGUCUCAGGUUUAAAAAUUAUUAUUAUUUUUUUUUAAUUACCGUUUUAUAUUUCUGUAUUAUGUAUCAUGUCUAUAUUUUGGAGCAUUGUUUCAUGCACAUAGCAGUGUCUGCCUCCUCUUACCUAGCCAUUUUACAUGUGCAGUAACAAUAUAUUGCUAUGAAAUACAUUUCAUCAAAAGUGUGAUUUGUCUGAGGUUGAUGUCUGAGAAGAUUUUGUAUUUUUGACAACAUUUGAUGUUCGGUGAACUUGCUUCUGAAAUGAACUCUUGUCAAGACCUA